AAUGGUGCCAGUACAAGUACGCAAACUUCAGACCACAAUAUUUCAGGUAAAUCUCCCUCCACAUAUGACCUUGAAAUCCCAGGACAGGAGGUUAUAUGGAAAGGAAUCUCUAGACCAGAAUACUCUCAAGAAUAUUUCAGUUUUACUCUAUUUACUAUGGCUUUGAAUGAGAUAACAGAAGAGAACGCCAAUAAGAUUCCCCCCACUGACUGUCGACUGAGACCAGACAUACGUCUGCUGGAGCAAGGACAAAUAGAUUUAGCAUCAGCUGAGAAGAACAGGAUUGAGGAAAAACAGAGGGCAGCCAGAAAAGAAAGAAAAAAGAAAAAGGAGGAAUGGUCCCCAUUGUGGUUUUCAUAUGGAGUGAGUCCAUGCACUGGAAAGGAGGACUGGUUAUAUAAAGAAGAAUACUGGAAGAGAGACUGGGCCAAAUGUCAAGACAUUUUUUGAAACAAGCUGAGGAGGUCACCAGUGUGACUUUUAUAAAAUUUAGCAAGAAGGAUCUCUUGUGCAAAAGAAAUAUAUCCAAUGGCUGUCACUAUAAACUCUGUAUGUCACUUAAUUACUGAUGUCCAGUAGACAUUAAAUAUUAUACCAAAACACA